AUGACCUCUCUUACCGGCUCUCCUGGUAAGAGCAGAAACCCGUUCAUCGAACGAUAUAUGGCGAACCUGGGAGAAAGUUCUGGACAAGACUCUGGCCUUCCUCAGGUCAAUAAUGAUAAGGAAAACAUACCUCGUAAGACAUUGAAAAAUUCAGGACAGGUGGAGGUAAGGCCUUUACCAAGUCCUCUGAAAGAAAUCACAGGGACAAAUCAAAACAUUCGUUCACCAUUGCAAUGGACCAAAAAGAAAGAAUCACCACCAAUGGUCAAGUCGUCAGUUCGCAAUGAAGAUACGUUCGACGUCACGAAGCUCUCCCCGAAGGAUACCAAAUACUAUGAGUUUCUGUGCCGAGUCAGAGAGGCUAAAGAAUGGAUAUCGGAAGUCAUAGGAGAAGAGCUACCCUCGGAAGUGGAAUUGAUAAGCGGGAAUAGUUUGCGAGAUGGGGUUUAUCUGGCCAAAAUUACGCAAACAAUCAAUCCCAAGCUUGUGAAAAAAAUCGUUCCGGCUGGAACAUCGCUCCAGUACACUCAUACGCAGAAUAUCAAUGCGUUCUUCCAUCUGGUCGAAGAAGUAGGCGUUCCUGAUCUGUUCAGGUUCGAACUUACAGAUCUUUAUGACAAAAAGAAUAUACCAAAGGUAUUCGAGACGCUACAUGCUCUUAUUAACAUCAUAAACAGCAAGUGGCCUGGGAAGGUGCCCGAAAUUCAGAACUUGAGCGGCAGAGCCACUUUCCCGGAAAAUGACAUUAAGGUAUGUCAACGCAAAAUACCUGCCAUUCACAAUUUCCGAUCAUUCAAGGUUCCAAGCUCGGGCAACCCUCAGCAUGGCAAUGAUGAGAAGGAUUCACUGCAGGGCUCUGCACAAAGCUCUCCCAAAAGAUACCAAAGCCCCGUCAAAGAAGCUCAAGACAUCAAUAAACACUCUCCACAAACUCCUUUAACGCGCACCCCGCCUCCACGGGCCUCGCUCGAUAUCGGAAAUGCCGAGAGCUCGAACGGGACAGAUAAACUUUCUUCUGCUAAUAUUUUGACGGGAAACACCCCUUUGCUGAGCUUUGAUUCGGACAUCAGCCCAUCCAAGUCACUCUCAUAUUACUCACCCCGGAUUUACCGUCACUUGUCGUACCGUUCGCCCGCCAACAGAUCCCCUUCUUUCAGGUUUGCAGAAGAUCCCUACGAUCUUGACCGGUAUGGGAUCCACCGUUACAACAAACAAGAGUAUUCUCCUGUGAGAAGGCAGCGAAUGACAGAAAUCCAAUUCUUGGAUUCGGUUUCGAGUUUACAGGCCAUAUGCAGGGGUGUGAACACAAGAUUUGGAAUAGCGCUAACGCAAAGAAAAGUGGAUAUUGUCGUCGAAAAGGUGAGGUUGCUUCAAGCGCAAGCAAGAGGACGCAUGGCUAGAAGAGGACCGGCAGCUAAAAGCUACUUCAUGUCUACAAACAUUGACGAAUCUCCAUUGCGUGCUUUACAGUCGUAUUCUAAGGCUCGCUUGGUCCGCGAGAAAAUCUUUAAACUUCGAGUGCGCCUCUUUUCUGUCGAAGACGAUAUAAGCAUUUUACAAAGCUUGUGCCGCGCCAAAGUUGUAAGAUUACGCAGUAAAGGCGCGCUUGCAGGGCAUGCCAUCUUGAGAAAGCCAUUGCCAAGACUACAAGCUUACGCUAAAGCACAGCUGCAGAGAACCAAACUCGCUGAACUUCUAAGAGAAGUUGAUGCAUGCCGUCCAUUGAUAGUGAGGCUGCAAGGUUUGCUUCGAGCACAUCAUCUGAGAAAUCACAGAAAAUCCAUAUAUUUUUCGCUAAAUGAGAGGUUUGACAUCGUCAAUGCCCUUCAAUCAUUCGCGAAAGGUUCGCUGGUGCGUAAUGCAGUUCGCGUAACCAACACGCAAUUGAGGCACCACAGUGGUGCCAUUGAAAGCUUUGCUGCCAGUCUCAAGGGCUCGUUCCUAAGAGCGGGCAUUAAGUCCUUCGCAAUGGCCGUUCGUGAUAGUAAGAACCCAGUCGUCUCUAUGCAGGCUCUCUCCAGAGGCAUCUUGGUGCGCUUCACUCUGGAACUAAUUUCCGAUAUUGUAGAGGGUAGCGAUUUGUCUGCGAUUCAAGCUUGCGCAAAAGGCAGUCUCAUCAGGAGAAAAAACAUGCAGAUGUCUCUCUACUACAGGGCCCGGAAAGCACAGGUCAUCAAAGUUCAAAGUUUGAUUCGUUCGUAUCAGCUGCGGAAAGCAUAUCUGGAGUUCAUGUCGUCCGCCAAUCCCAGCAUCUCGUCUGUGAAGAGGUUUGUCCAUUUAAUCAAUAAGAUACAUGCCAGUCACGAAUCUCGAAGUAAACUUGAGUAUAUCAAGUCGCAGAUCGACCAGUCAAAUAAAGACAGGGAUGUUAUCGAAGACCAUUUCGAACUUUUGAAGCGGAAAAACACCAUUCUCGGUGAUUGUAACAUUUUCGUGCCUCACAGCUUCACUGAAAACGGCUUAGAAUCUACAAUUGAUAUUCGUUAUCCCGAGUAUGAGAAAAUGCUCUAUUUGAUUCAGACAGAUCCAUUUUACUGGGUGACGCUGAAUCGUCUUGAGCCAGAAUUUGUUACCAAACACCUCACCAAAACGUUUGUUUCCUCGAACAGCGUCAUGGGACGCAGAGAAGCCAUUUUUUUCAUGAGACUGGUGUCAGAGUUUCUAGCCGCUGAAAUCGAAAGUUUUGAUGAUCCGCAGCAGUUUUUGGAGCACACGGGGUCGUCUUUCUGGAAGGAGUUGGUUUCCUUCUAUGUCCAUCGCCAAUUACCGCAGCUUCUCGUUGAAGUGAUGUCACCUCUGGUGGAAUUUUUGUCGCUAGACUCUGUUGCUUUUGAAGCCGUGCCCGCCACAAUUUAUAAAAAGUUGCAUCCUAGCAGACCUGAAUUAUCAUCGAGUGAGGCGAUCGAAGAUGAAAUGACGAGAACUACUUUUGUAGCUAACCUCAUGAAUCUAUGGAAAGGAGUAGAGAUUGUCAGCGAAUCUUUAUUGAAGAACGCACACGCGGUACCUGAAGAGGUCAAGUUUUUGUGUACAACUGCGUACAAAAUUGUUGCAGAUCAUAGCCCCUACCAAAAGGAUUCUCUGAUUGCCAUUUCAAGAAUCCUGCUGGAGGCGUUAGUCUUUCCAGUUUUGAGAUCCCCCUCCAAAUUCGGCCUAGCCAAGUUUUCCAAUACCGCGAUUCAAAAAAUACAUCUUUUGUCAGAAGCUGUUGACACAGUAUUCUCCUUUACCGAAUUCCAGAACUACUUGGCACCUCUCAAUCAAUAUGCGGAAGAGAUACAUGAUGAUCUAGCAUUUUCGCUUAAGAAUAUGUUGAUAUUCCCCUCUUUCGAUGUGUACUGUGAUGAGCUUCAUUACAGUGACAUGUGCCAGGAUGAGAGACCCUCUCUGAGCAUCCCCAAGCAGUACCUGCUUGAAAUCGGUAAAAGGUUACACGCCAACCUCGAUGCCUUUCCCCACGACGAUCCUGUCAAUUCUCUGAUUGAAAAGAUCAAAAUGAGUGAAAUCAAGAAGCUCCAAGAUAGUCCCAAUAGCAUUGUGAAGCUUCGGUUAAACCCAAGCGCUUAUCACCUGUCAUCUAGCGACGAUAGGUUGACCGCCAUCUACAACGAAAUCAAAAGAGGACUCGUCUACAUGAUGCAAGUCGAGGACGUGGGUACCAAUUUGUACGACUUGAUGACGGGCUGUAUCAUUGAUGCAGACGAGCCGAGAUUCCAGCAACUGCUUCAAGAGACCGCAGCUAUUCACAGCGACCCGUUAUUCAAAAACUUCGAAGCUAUCACUUACUUCAAUUUGAAACAGCAUGUGCUAGAACGCGCUUACGAACUUCGACAAAUGGGGAGUCUAAGCAUUGACGACAAUGUUCAAAGCAUCCUAAAUGACAUCGCGAACACCAUCAAAUCUCGUGAAUAUGUUGUAGAGUCAACAUCAAAAGAAAUCAAAACUGCGGAGUCUACACUCAGGUCCAUUCAGACAACGAACAUGCAGCUGAAGGAUAAAUCUCGCGCACUUGAGCUUUCUCAAAAGCGUACCUUAGGUAAGGCGCAGGCGUCCGGUAAUUAUGCGCCACUGAAGAAGCACGGAUUCGGCCGGAAACUAAAGGACGUUUAUCAUAAGGUCAAUAAUAAAGGGUCUGGUGGUAAAGAUUGUUUGAGUUUGGAGUGGAGUUCUCGCCAUCUCUUUGAGCUUCGAGCGUUGAAAGAUCUAAAAGGAGAAAAUUUGGGAAAGGCUGCCGUGAGUUUUUUCGGCUCAAGCGGUCCCAAGUUUCCUGAUGUAAACUUUAGGUUUUCUACCUCGGACGGCGAGUAUUUUGCAGUAGAGCUACUCGAUGAAAGAAAGGCAGAAAAGAGGGCGGGCUCUUCCAAAACGGAUAACUUCCAAUUCUCGAAACUCGUUGACCAACUGGCUAAAACCGAAAAAGCGAGCUUGGUUUUGUUUUCCAACAAGGCGGAGUUCAAUCUGGCUCCUCUACUUGAGCUCAUCGCAGCAUCCUUCAUAAAAAGAGUACAGUAA